CAGAGCGAGCGCGUGUCAAUCGGACAUGAAGAUUUAAUGACCACGAAGAAAAUCUGUCAUUGAGGUUUUGAUUUUGUCUUUAUUUACUUAGGCUUUGGCCGCUAGCUGUCCGGCUAGCUAACGCUUCCGGUUGUUCUUUUCAACUUAGAAUCCCCAAUGUAACCGCAGCCUUUUAAAGUCAAGGUGUACUCUGUUUGUAGUUAACCUAACGAUAUAAGUAUAUGCAUUUUUAUUUGAUUUACGCGUGUGUACGUGUGGUUCUUUUUUUCCCCUUCCAUAUCUGAAGUGAUGUUGAAUGACGCAUUUAUUUAUGUUAUAUUUUGAAGCGCACCACUUCCGGUUCCGCGUUGUCAGCAUUGCAGCUUGACGCCGUUGUUUUGAAAACAGGACCGAGCAGCAGCAUCAGCAGCGGCGGAGCGACAGCGGCAUUGCGGUAUUUCAGCGCCGCGACCUCCGUCACGAAAAUAAUUUUUUCUCGUUCCUUUUACGUAGAUGGUUCACGUCGUUUUUAUGAAUUUGUAUUUAAAUAUUUUCCUCAUAACGGAAAAACUACUCCCCAGCCCCCCCUCAACUAAUGCAGACGUUUAACCACUGAAUGACAGCGUCGCUCUCCCGCUGGGAGGGAAGCUGGUGCGGGUCUCGGUGGUGAGGCCGGAGGAGGAUGCCCUUGACUCGAGAAAGGAGGUGGACUUAAGGAGGUGAAGCGGACCUCCUCCACCACCACCACCACAUUCUUUACAUUGCCAGUGGAGGUGACAUUGUGUUGUUCACCUGCAGCGGCGUCGGGGAUGCUGCAGAAAGCCCCCCCAACUUCAUUUCGUCCCUGGCGGCCAAGCACCAGCAGCAGCCCCGGCCCCGGAGCUCUCUGUGCCGGCCAGGCUGAGACCCGGCCCUGGUCUCUAUCUCCGGAUUACAUGUGCAUGACAAGAUAAACAAACCGCAGAGGCUGUGCUGCAGAUAAGCCGUGAGUCUGCUCUGGCUUUGCUUAUCUUUUUUUGUUGCCUUUUUUGGAGGGUGGGGGCCUCUUUAGGUCACAGGGACUCUGUCUGUGGGAGCACAUGCAACUAUUAAUAAUACAUGGACUGGGCAGCACACCUCAUGGACUGUAAAUGGAUGAGUAUCAUAUCAACCUGCUCUCACAAUUUUUUUUAUUUGAGCCAAAAUUUAUAAAUAACUAAAAUUGAAAUGAGAACUCUGAAAAUGUCCUGAAAUAUCGCAUUUGUCUCACCGUUAAUGAGAAAAAGUUAAACUGACUGAUCUACUUAUCCCACUUCUGUGCUGAACUGGACUUUUGCGCCACCUACUGUUAAUGUUAGUGAUCCAAGUGGACAGAAACACACAUACAUGAGCACUUUCUUGCCUUGAAACCGGAUAAGGUUUCCUUUUUUAAUCUCAUAAAGAGCGGUGGUAUUGACUGAAAAUAAUGGCAGACCACGAAGAAGAGGAGUUGUCCACGUCACUUCAGAAAGACGACGGGGUUUCCAGUGAGCUUGAGGAUCCCAGCGCAAACUUUAAAUCUACAAGUUUGCCGGUAUUAAAUGAUGCCGAGCCACAGAAGGAAACCUUGCUCGCUAGUUCUGUGCAGCUGUCCAUAACAGCGGAAGAGAGUGCGGAAUUCAUCCAGCUCCCGGCUAAAGCGGAGUCCUUCGAGGCAGAGUCCCCAACAAGAACUAACUACCCGCCCAAGUCAGGCAAGUCAGCGCUGAACAGACCAAGCUCGUACAUGGAGAACACGGAGAUCCGGAGGAGUAAAACCGCAGUGAGAAGAAAACCCCCGGGGUUCUUUGCUUCCAGGGUAGCACAGAUCCGUCUGCCCUGCAGGAAGUACCUGGGUCUUAUCUUACAGGACUCCCGCUGCUUCCUGUUCUGCAUGUGCUACCUAACGUUCAUCCAGUCACUCAUGGUGUCGGGCUACCUCAGCAGCGUCAUCACCACCAUCGAAAAGAGGUACAGCCUCAGGAGCUCAGAGUCGGGCCUGCUCGUCAGCUGUUUCGACAUCGGGAGCCUCCUUGUGGUCGUCUUCAUCAGCUACUUUGGUGGGAGGGGCCAGAGGCCUCGCUGGCUGGCAGUCGGUGGGGUCUUCAUUGCCGUGGGCGCCGCUCUCUUCUCCUUACCUCACUUCAUCUCCCCGCCCUACCAGAUUCAGGAAGUCAACUCGUCCUCUGCCAACGAGGGCCUGUGCAUGAACAGCAACACCAGUGGCAGGGACCGCGUCGACAUCACUUCCUGUCCCAGAGACCAGGAGGGCAACGAGCACAACCUCUAUGUGGCACUGUUCAUCAUCGCUCAGAUCCUGGUGGGCAUGGGAUCCACGCCCAUCUACACGCUGGGGCCCACCUACCUGGAUGACAACGUCAAGAAGGAGAAUGCGUCGCUGUAUCUCGCCAUCAUGUAUGUGAUGGGAGCACUGGGCCCAGCGGCGGGUUACCUGCUGGGAGGAGUCCUCAUCGGCUUCUAUGUUGACCCCAAGACUGUCGUCAACAUUGACCAGAGCGACCCACGCUUCAUCGGCAACUGGUGGAGCGGGUUCCUGCUGUGUGCUGUGGCCAUGCUGCUCGUCAUCUUCCCUAUGUUCGCAUUCCCCAAGAAGCUGCCGCCCCGACACAAGAAGAAGAAGAGGAGGAAAAAGCUGAGCAUGGACGAUCUGUCCAGCGACGACGACGUCCUCAAGGAGAAGAGCAACAACAAGAGCCAGGCGGUCACCUCGUCCAUGGGCUUUGGCAAGGACAUUAAAGACCUUCCCAAAGCAGCAGUGAGGAUCCUCAGCAACGUCACUUUCCUCUUCGUCAGCUUGUCGUACACAGCAGAAAGCGCCAUCGUCACCGCUUUCAUCACCUUCAUCCCCAAAUUCAUCGAGUCGCAGUUUGGGAUCCCGGCCUCCAAUGCCAGCAUCUACACUGGUGUGAUCAUUGUGCCCAGCGCCGGCGUCGGAAUCGUCCUUGGCGGUUACAUUAUCAAGAAGCUGAAGCUGGGAGCGCGUGAGUCGGCUAAGCUCGCCAUGAUCUGCAGCGGCGUCUCUCUGCUCUGCUUCUCCACGCUGUUCAUCGUGGGCUGCGAGAGCAUCAACCUUGGAGGAAUCAACAUCCCCUACACCACUGGACCGACUCUGACCAUGACCCAGAGGAACCUGACCGGUGGCUGCAAUGUGAACUGCGGCUGUAAAAUCCACGAGUACGCUCCGGUCUGCGGCUCGGAUGGCAUCACAUACUUUAACCCGUGCCUGGCCGGCUGCAGCAGUGUGGCCAACGACAGCACGGGGAGUCGUAACUACUCAGACUGCGCCUGCGUCCAGAGUCGGCAGGUCAUCACGCCGUCGUCCGGAGGGCAGGGCGGCAACCAGCUGCAGCUCGUCAUCGUCAAAACUUACCUGAACGAGAAUGGCUACGCUGUGUCGGGGAAGUGCAACCGCACCUGCGGCACCCUCAUCCCCUUCCUCAUCUUCCUCUUCAUCGUCACGCUCAUCACAGCGUGCGCUCAGCCCUCCGCCAUCAUCGUCACCCUCAGGUCUGUAGCGGAGCAGGAGAGGCCGUUUGCUCUGGGAAUGCAGUUUGUUCUCCUCCGGACGCUCGCCUACAUCCCAACACCGAUUUACUUUGGUGCCGUCAUCGACACCACCUGCAUGCUGUGGCAGCAGGACUGCGGUGUCCACGGCUCCUGCUGGGAGUACGACGUCACCUCGCUGCGCUUCGUCUACUUCGGCCUCGCCGCCAGCCUCAAGUUCUUUGGCUUCCUCUUCAUCUUCCUCACCUGGUACUCCAUCAAGUACAAGGAGGAGCGGGUGGAGCGGUGGCUCAAGCGCCACCUGUCCCCCGUCGACACGGUCGGCAGCCUCGUUUGCCACCCGGGUGGCCACAAGGGCCAUGCCCGCACACGCUCCUGCCCCGUCAACAUCCCACGAAGCGACCCCAACGCUCUGCCGGCUAACGGCCCGCUGCGCGCCGGCCCCCUCAACCGUGGCGUCAGCACCCAGAGUUGCCCCGGCAACGAGAUCAAGGGGUUGACUCCUCCCCCUCCGGCUGCACCGUCACCUGCAGCCACGCCCGCCCCCACGCCGGCCCGAUCACUGGAACGUGUUUCGGUCCGAGUCUGAGUUUUUUUUGGGGGGGGGGGGCUUAGCAAUGAUGCGGAAAUCCAGUCAGCUGGAUUUUAGCUCGCGUCAGAGGCUCCGCCCACCACAGGGAAGUCCGGCUCUCAUCUCCAAACUCAUGUUGGCUGGCUGAAAGCUCUAACUGCAGGUCAGAAACCACAAACUGGAGUUCCUGACUAACCCUGAACUUCUGGAACUGUUGAAUACUUGAACUAGUCUGGAGACUGUGCAGCCUGGAGACCCCGGCUCUGCUGCAGGACUUGGCAAAUCUCGUUGAAUAGUAAAAACAACAAGCGGCAGCCAGGUGUUUGUCUUUAUUGUCCACCAGCCGCCACAGCAAGAAGACGGAAAGCUUUUUCUUCAUCACUCGUCACCACCUCACCCUCCCUCACCCGGCAAUACGUGCCUUCCAUCUCCACAGUACUCACACCUCACGUGUAAAGAACAUAUACAGACGCACCUGUGUCACACCGGCACGACUCCAGCGUGGUUCUGGUUCCAGAAACCAAAUUUUGAACUGGCCGCCAAAACUAUAGGGGUUAACUUCCUGAGAAGCAGCAAGCUUUGAAUUAGAAGAAGGAAGGACCUUGCUGCCACUGUCGAUGGUGGUGGAACUUUGUGUAAACGUGGACUGGUUUCAGAUGUCCAUGACAGAAACUAGAACCUGAUCGGGAACCGUGCCGGUGCCCGUCUCUGAGAGUAAUCUCAGAAUUUUUCAGAAUAAACGUCACCUGAGCAGGUGACUCCUCCUGCCUCUUCAGCUCAUGCCUGUGUGCUGCUGCUUCUCCGUCUUUUUUUAAUUUCUUAAAUAUCGUGUGAGUGAUUUCUGUUUUACGAACUCUGCAUAUCAUCAACACUCAAAAAAAAACAACAAAAAAGGAAAAACAACCAUGGAAAUGUGAGACACUGCGAUCGAGCAAGUGUUAAGAACUGGAAACCGAUGGCAUGGUGCUAUGUAUAAAAAGAAGAAAAAGAUGUUUAGCAUCUGUUUUUUUUUAGGGUUAAAAACUUUGAAAAGAGGUCACUGGGCUCAGCAGCUUUACUUUCCCAUGUGACGUAAAUCCUUUUCUUUUGUUGCUCUGCUGACACAUGUCGUAUUAACACUGGAAGUCAGAUUGUUUCACACAAUCACAACCUCCCCCACUGCCACCCACCCCGAUAAAGUGGUUUAACCUGAAAAGACAAAAACCACAAAGUCCCAGCUGGAUCGGUCACUGAGGUCCAUUUGCAGGAUCCUGGAAGAAGAAGAAGAAGAAAGAAGAAGAAGCCGUGUUUGCUGAAGUUUUGGAUGUUGACAUUGUACUCACACAGUUAACGCUUGAUGGUGGAUGUGCCUGAUACAUAACAGUAUGUCGUGUUUGUGGAACGUCUGCCGAGCGGAAUAUCCUGAACCAAUCCUCAGUUGCAGCCCUAAUCUGCGUUGCUGAGGGACAGCGUUUGUUAUGGUCAAAUUUUUAGCUACUUAUACAUCACGUUCAACAACGAGGAAACACGUCACAGAGACGUUCUCCAUCACCUAAGUUCUGUGUUCAUACCUCAGGAGUAAACGUUUUCAUAAGUUGAACUAAGAUUGAGUAUAAUCUUAACGAUACAUUCCCCAAUGUACGUUGUACUGUUUGAGAUUGAACAAUCACACGUGUUUAUCUUACAAAUUUGAGCAUUUGUUAUUGUGUGCCACAGCGAGCAUGAAGUAGUGUAACCGUAAUAUUUAGCGACGCGUUGCGAGACUGCAUUAAAAGUACAGCAACGUAUCUUCUGUGUGGUAAAUUACGUUCUUACCCAGUAUCGUUUCGGAAGAACCCGAUGAUGAAAAGAACAGGAGGAGCAUUUUGCGAACACUUGAAAUGUGGAACGUGAAAAUUAAUAACACGGUACCAGCUUCUGCGCCGUUCAUGGAAAAACUAAUAAUUUUCUUUACUACUAAUUUUUUUUUAGUUCUUUACAAUUAAACUAUGAAUAAUUCCAAUAAAGGUUGCGCAGUGAAGAGGAAGUGACCUCAAAGUGACAUCGACAACCGUGUUUUUGACCAAUCGCGUAACGUUCUUUUUUUGUUAUUAUUUAGCCAUAAACGUAUUUUGGUAGAACCCUGGUAGAAAGAUUACCACUUAAUACGUAGCGUUACAAUUUUUAGUAAUAUGUAGGGUAUUACGUUGCAUUCCAUUUACAUCAGAACUCGGAAGUUAGCUAGUUUCAGAGAAGUUGCUAGCCAGUCGUUAACAAUCUCUAUGUGGUAUUUGUCGGACAAAAGUGCUAUUACCAUUAAAAUUAGUGCGUGUUUGGAGGCAGCCAUCCCAGGAAUCCGAACCCAAUGCACUUCUGAUGUUCUGAAUUACGAUAAUAUCUUUUUUCUAAUGUACUAGCUUGGUAGCAAUGGAGGAAAUAACAUGAUAAUAUUCCAGUAUUACAACGAGAGCUGCGUCGCAUUUCUACGUGUGUAAAAACACCCGAGAUAACGUUCAUAUUGUCACAAUGAGUGUUUUUGCGUUUCAUAACUUCACAACCUCCAACUUUGUCGCGUUACCUUUGUUUGUUUGUUAUUUUUGUCUUAAAUAUAUUUUUAGUAAAAGCAAAACACAUUCUACCAGUUUGGAAAAGAGCGCCACCUGGAUAAUAUUUUGUUAGAAUGUGGUAUUGCCACGUUAUUCUCAUAUAAUAGCUUAGUAAUAACUAUGUAAUAAGGCGAUAAUUCAGUAUUUACAAAGUAAUACCUCUGUAACAAGGAUUACUGAAGGCGACCGUCAGUGUUAAAGUGCAUUCACACCACACAAGAUGUGAGUUUUAUCAAGUUGUGAUUCUUCACUUGACGUAAAAACAUCCUUAACAUAGGAAUUAGCUAAGUUUGAGUUUUUAGAAAUCCUGCGUAUUUGAUCGCCACAUGUAAAAUUCUGGGAUUAAAGUAUGAAUUCUGAGUUUAAAGUCCGAAUUCUGAGAUUAAAAUCCGAAUUCUGAGAUUAAAAUCCGAAUUCUGGAAUAAAAUUCUGAGAUUAAAGUCUGAAUUCUGAGUUUAAAGUCCAAAUUCUGAGAUUAAAAUCCGAAUUCUGGAAUAAAAGAUUAAAAUCAGAAUUCAGAAUUUACAUGUGGCACUAAUACUAUUCCGUAUUAUCGGCUUUAACUCCGACUGAAUUUGAAGAAUUUUACUUGGUCAAAUAACUUUUCUUUUAAUUUUUUACUAUUAAAACAAAAUUUCUGCCAAAAAAAACGCAGCUGAUUCAUCUGCCGAUCAUUAGCAUAGCCAUUAGCGUCAGUGCUCAAUAUCAUACAUUUCAGCAAUCCGAUCUUUUAAGCGAUCAAUUUAAAAAAACGCCCGAAGUGAACAGUGCAAAAGAAAUAAAGUUAUCACUGAGAGCAUCGGUGUUGUUUUCUUCCUCUUGCUUUGUGUCUGGCGCAACAUAAUUCACGCAGAAGUUAAAAAAACAACAAAAAACACUAACAUUGGGAAUCAUGUUAUCACGGUUUUAUAGCGACUUCACCUGGGUUUAAAAAUCCGACUAAUUUUAGCGCGAAAGAGACUUUAGGGAAGUCCGAAUGUUAUUGUAGGUUCUGUAAAAAAAAUCAAAAGAAAAAAUCUGUCUUUGUGACAGCAGGGGGCGCUAUACCUCUGUACACACGUAUAGAUGAGUUGUUUUUUUAAAUCAGUGUUAUAUUUAUUUCAGACGUACAGUCUUUUAAAGUGAACACACACUGGACAGAGACGUUGUGGAAAUGCGUGGACUCACGUUCACACUCGUCUCUCACUCAUGUCAUGAAAACUCAUGAAAAUGAAUAAAAAUAAAAGAGUAUUACAGGAAAA